AUAUAUUUUCAGAAAAAUAAAUAUAUGAUAUGUGUAUUACAUAAUCUAGAAAUUGCUAGCUCUAUGGUCGUGAACAUUGUAUCUAUGGGAAGAUUUUGAUUUUAGGAUGAAUAAACGAAAACAAACGUUGAAAAGAAUAAGUCAAAUAGUUAAUUUACGAAUAGAAAAGAACUGACAAAUACAAAAGAAAUUUGACAUUAUUGCAAUGGCAAAAGGAUUUGUUGACGAUACGCAGUCCAGGAAUCCAAACGAGGAAACACAAAGGACAAAGUAUUCCGUAGCCCUUAGGAUAAAUUGGAUAGGAUUUAUUACUGGAAGUUCAGGGCAUUUCUAUGUUUCUCUCUUCCACUUGAAGUUAUUUUCGAAUCAAAUAAGUGAAACGGAUUUCUACAGGCAGUCAAACAUCGUGAAUAUCAUAGAAUUGCCGUCAAAUGCCACCAAAACAACUUCAUCAGCACCCAAGCCAGUAACCUGUAUAUCGUGUGGAGUUCGUCCAGCUAAGGCUUCAUUUCUCUGCUGCUAUUCAUCUCCAGUUUUGUGCCUUGAUUGCGAAAGAAAUGUUCAAACCUGCCCAAACUGUAGAAUCGAUUAUACUCAAAGCAAUGGCGUAUGAAAAUUAACUGUCGUUCUUACAAAAAAGUAUUUGGAAAAAUUUAUCCGCAAUUUACGACAAUUUAUGAACAUUAAUAUACACUGGAUAAAAUAUUCUAUACCGGUACUUCGUGUUGGUGACGUUGUAUACCAAAACUGCAAGAAUGCAACAACAAUGACGGUAACAUUUCUAGUUGAGUGUGAACUUCCAGUUACAAUAAGACAAAGAAAGAUUUAGGCUUAUGUGUAUUUUAAAUGAUUACGUUGUGCUGAAGGGCUCGCAGUUAUUUGAAAAGGUAUAAAAUUGGAUACAUAAUACCAUUUUCGCACGAAGUUUAAAACAUGGCAAUAUUGAUUACAGUUAUAUUGUAUAUAUCAAUCUAUUUUCUCAUAUCGCAUAAAAAUUUAUUUUUAUUAAAUUUUCAUUUUCUCUCGACUUCAAUUAUGUACAAUCUAUGUUUGUAUUAAAUAUAUUAGUUUAUGUUUAUUCAAAUUAUAUUGACUUCACUUUAAUAAAUUAUUUAAAGUUUACAUUUUUUCCCGACAGACAGAGCUCGGGGAAUCGAAUGUGACCUAUACAAUAUAUAUUAUA